AUGCUGAACCGUGGAGUAGAAAAAGUUGCUUCGGAUCCAUGGAAGGUCCUAAUAGCAACAAUGCUCCUGAACAAGACUGCAGGACGGACCGCCAUACCCAUUUUCUGGAAGAUUUUGGACCGAUGGCCUUCCCCGCAGGCUCUUUCCAAUGCGGAUGUUACGGAGCUAACACAUAUGAUCAAGACCCUUGGCCUUCAGUCGAUGCGCGCAAAACGUCUCAUACAACUAUCUGAGAUGUACCUCGCUGCUCCCCCUGACCCUAGCAUUCUGCACAAAUCCCGAAACUACCCAGUGGCAACCCCCGUCUCGCACCUUCCUGGCUCUGGCCGCUACGCUCUCGACUCCUACCGCAUUUUCUGCAACCCGGGUAUAGACUGGAUGAAUGUCAUGCCAACUGAUAAGGAGCUGAUCAAAUACAUUAGGUGGAAAUGGGCGACUGUCGGGCGUAGAUGGGACCCAGAUCGAGGCCCUUGGGGUUACGCCGAUCUCGAGUAUUGGGCAACCAUUGGUCUUGUUCUCUGA